CUGUCACAGGUGUUAGCACCUAUCUUGGUGAAUGUCCGCCGUUAGCAGCAGACGGAAGUCAGUCUGUGUGUAAAAGACCAGUCAGCCCCACUUUUAUACCAAGCAGAAUGUCUGAUGACACAGGUGUGAUGCUUAUUAAUCCUGUAAUAAAUCCAGUAUAUACUCCCUUAUACGAUAAAGGUUUACUGCGCUGCACGGCUGUUCGUCAGAAUUUACCUGCUGGAACCGCGGGCUGCCGCCUGGAUUACAUAGAUGCAGGUGCAAAUAUAUCGUGUACAGUUCAGUUCAGAAACUGGAGUGUGUUUGGUCAGUGUAGCACAGAAAGAGCUUACUCAGCUCAGAGCAGAUACCGGUGUGAAUGGAUCCAGACUAAAGAGUCAACAAGAGAAGAGAUCCUAGUCGCCAACACAUCAAUGACAGUUGUGCCUAAGGUCAGUGGAUGGAGUAACAUGACCAGUUACCUGCCACCUGUCGGUCAGUACACUUACCGUGUGACUCUUGUUCCCGGGGAAGUUACAGUCAAUCCAAGUUUCAUUGGAAGUAACACAAUACGUCUCCCCUCCAGUAAACCUUCCCACAACUGUCCACAAUACAUACCAGAAGGUAUUAACUUCAGCUGCACGUGUACUGUGAGUGACCUGGGCAGUCCUCCCGGUGAACUACAGUGGAAUACAACGGGAUCAGCAGAACUGCGGGUUCUAGCUGUUCAUGCUGUGGACACUGGGACACACACCUGUCAGCUCCUGUGGAACAAUACAGUCGUGCAGUCCGUGGAGUAUACCUUGACUGUGGCAUAUGGACCAAAAACUGUGGCAGCUGUUGUGCUCAACCCCCAGCCAUUUUGAUACAAAUGGAUCACAGGAUAUAGCCCUCAACUGCUUCGUCUCUGGAUCAAAUCCACCCUCCACUAUCACCUGGAUGAGAUCAGACAACAAGACCAUUCUGUGCAACACUCAACUGUGUAUCAUGACCCCCAGGCCUCCUGAUGACGAUGGUCUCAAGAUUGAAUGUCUGGCCACAAACCCUGUCACCAACAGAACCAACUCGAGCAGUGUGACACUCGCACUCAACUACCCCCCUACAUCACCGCCAGUGAUCACAGGAAACCCGUCUCCAUGAGGACCAGCCUGUGUAUGAGGGAGACAGCUUCACUCUAACAUGUACAGUACGAGGCGGUAAACCUUCUAACGCAACUGUCAUAACGUUUACCUGCCCCAACAGGACCGACACACCUGACAGCAGCUUGAACUCCUCCGGUGUCACCAGCAGCUUGACCUUUGAUCCCGUUACUUCUUAUAACCAUGGCAACUGCAGCUGUACCGCCGCGUGGAAAAGUUAUGACUGGUAUACACAGAAAUCCUGGUGGAAGAUACAUGUUUAUACCUCUCCAUCUAUUCCAGUAAUUUUCCCUGUCAGUGACACACCAGGAACACCUGUGUAUCCUUUCAUGGCGGGUACCUCAGGUAGACUUGGGUGUAGAAGCAAUCAGACAGGUCGACCGGAAGCCACCUACAGCUGGCCUGUUCCCGCUACAGGUCAGGCUUCAGGUAGUAACCUGACUUUCUACAACCUGUCGAGAGAAGAUAACGGGAGAACAGUGAAGUGCAGGGCCAGCAACGAUUACACAGAGAACAAGCGGCCUGUUGAUGAUGCUACUCUUGUCCUACAGGUCUACUAUGAGCCUGUCAUCAGCUUCACACGUUUUUCCGAUGGAAAUGAUUGUGUCGAGGUCUCCAGUCUGUCUCAUUACAAACAGUGUGUUGUUGCCGAAGGAAAAAGGAUUCACAUCAACUGUACUGCUGACAGCAACCCAUCCCCUUUAUCAUUCCUGUGGCUGAGUCAAAACAAAGAUGUCUACUCUAACUCAAGCGAGCUGCUAAUCACAUCUGCUGACCACACCAUCCAUAACGGUGACUACAACUGUACAGUGGUCACGAAACAAGUGAGCACCGACAGCCGGCUUCCUCUAACAUCUUUUGCCAUACUGACUGUUAUUGUUGGUUACUCUCCCAGUGUCCUGGACUUUAACAUAAACAACGUGGAUGACAUGACUGUGAAUGUUCAGGAUAAAUCUCGUGUGGACAUGCAGUGCCUUUGUAAUGGUAGACCUGCUCCAACCAUUCGACUAAUUAACGUUUCAAAUCCAGAACAACUUUUAAGCCAAAGUCAACCUACAGACAUCUUUGCUAACGAGCAGAGUUCAAAGGUCAACUUCAGCAUUGAGCAAGUUCCGUGUGAAGCUUCCGGAGUCUACAGAUGUGAUGUCAACAACAGCCUUGGACAGGACAGUAGGAGUCGAACGCUGCUUGUGUAUUGUGCUCCCAGAGGAAUAUUUGGUGAUCAAGAUGUAAAUAUAACUAGUGGGGAGCUUACUGUUAGAAUGACUGCAUACCCCACGCCGAUGGUCAAGAAAAUAACAUUUCUUGGAAACAACAAAAGUUUAGAUGGAGAACCAGUGAAGGAAAAUACUUUCAAUGUGCAAUGUUCUGCCAGCUCGUUAGCCCCAGCUGCGGUCACCUGCAAUAUUAAAAUGAUGAUGAUAACAAACAACAACGAGGGAUUUUACAGAAUUAUUUUCAGCAACAGUUUUGGAGAUCUCUCUUUCACCUUUUUUGUCAAAGAUAGUAAAGACCAAGACAAGGAUCAGGAAAAAGGACCUAACAUUCCAGCAAUAGUUGGUGGAAGUUUUGCUGUUUUCAUAAUAGUUGUCGGGAUUAUUGUUACCGCAUUUGUAGUGCAGCGUUACAGAAGAAAGGGGGGACAACAGAGAUCAAGAAGUAAUGAUCCUCCAAACAUAAAUCCACAGAAGACUGCUGAUGAAGGAGGGACAGCUCUUUAUGAGGGACUACAACUGGACAAUGUCGGGGAAAGAUCCCAGUAUGAAGAACUACAGCGAUACCAGAACACAUCGGCAAUAUCGCCUCCGAAAACAUCUCCGCUGUAUGAAGCUUUACAAGUGCAGGAUGUAGGGAAGAGGUCAGACUAUGAGGAGCUACAGCGAUACACGAACACCUCAGCAAUAUCACCAUAGACAGUUAUAAGCAACAGUAUGCGAACAACCACAGAUUAACACCUAUGUCAACUAAGACUGGAUGAGCUUUUUCGUGUACACUCCCUGCAUCUAUGCUUUAAUAUUUGAUGGUAAAAAAAUUGACCGUUAAGGAAACAAAUCAAUAAACAAAAACCUGGAGAAACAAGUUGUGCAAACAGUUGAAACCAUAGAGGCUUUCAUAAAA